CAAUCUCAACUCUCAAGCAUAGAUAAGUAAAUAGACCCAAACUCAAACUAAAUACAACUCUGGAUAUGGCAUUAAUUGGCCUUUUUGAAAUCUUCCUGGCAGUCAUUUGCUUCUUCCUUCUUCGGUACUUCACCAACAACAAUGGGGUGCCCAAGAACUUUCCAUUUGUGGGAAUGUUGCCGGAGCUUCUGCUCAAAGUUCACAGGAUUCACGAUUGGGUCACAGAAUUAUUACAGCGAAGCCAAGGUACUUUUCUGUUCCAGGGGCCUUGGUUUGCUAGCAUGGACUUUUUAGUCACGGCUGAUCCCGCCAAUAUACACUACAUAAUGAGUUCAAACUUCUCGAACUUCCCAAAAGGGCGUGAGUUCAAAGAAAUGUUUGAUGUUCUAGGAGAUGGAAUUUUUAAUUCGGACUCAGAUUUGUGGAUAAGCCAAAGGAAAGCUGCUCAAAUGUUGAUGAAUCAUCAGAAGUUUCACCAGUUUUUGGUGAAGACAAUCAGUGUUAAGGUGGGGAAAGGACUGAUCCCAAUUCUGGAACAUGUAGCCAAGGAAGGGAAAGCAGUGGACUUGCAGGAUUUGUUUCAGAGGUUCACAUUUGAUUCUACUUGCAUAUUGGUUACCGGCUAUGAUCCAGGGUGCCUGUCCAUUGAAUUCCCGGAAGUUCCAUUCUCAAAGGCCUUGGAAGAUGCUGAGGAAUCAAUAUUUUACAGGCAUGUUGUCCCAGAAAGAGUUUGGAAGCUACAAAGAUGGCUAGGCAUUGGGGAAGAAAAGAAAAUGAAGAAAGCUAAGGAGACAUUAGAUCGAAUCGUAUUUGAAUAUAUACAAAAGAAAAGAGAGGAGUUGAGCAAAGGAAUCCAAGAGAAAGAAGAAGCGGAAGAUGUGGAUCUAUUAACAUCAUACAUGAGUGAAGACUGCAAGGCCGUCGGGUUGAAAUUUGUAGACAAACUAUUGAGAGAUACCAUUUUAAGUUUCAUGCUCGCCGGGCGGGACACAACAAGUUCUGCUCUCACUUGGUUCUUCUGGCUUGUUUCAAAGAAUCCACAAGUGGAAACCAAGAUCCUAGAAGAGCUUGAAAUGAUAAUACCAGCGGAUAAAAUGGCAGCAAAAUGGUGGAAGUUUGAAAGUAAAGAGCUUAAUAAGCUUGUUUAUCUUCAUGGGGCAUUGUGUGAAGCAUUAAGGCUUUACCCACCAGUUCCUUUUCAACACAAGGUCCCAAUAGUACCAGACAUCCUUCCAAGUGGGCACCAUGUUGUUCCAAAUAAUAAGAUCUUGUUUUCUUUGUAUGCAAUGGGAAGAAUGAAGUCGAUAUGGGGAGAUGAUUGCUUGGAGUUCAAGCCUCAGAGAUGGAUUUCGGAGAAAGGAAGGAUCAAACAUGAGCCUUCGUACAAGUUCUUAGCUUUUAAUGCAGGACCAAGAACUUGCCUAGGCAAAGAAGUUGCUUUCACUCAAAUGAAGGCUGUAGCAGCCGCUAUAAUUCAUAACUACAAUGUUCAAGUAGUGGAAGGGCAGCGACAUAGUCCCAAUGUAUCAAUCAUUCUUCACAUGAGCUCAGGCUUAAAGAUGAGAGUACUCAAUAGGUGGGCUGAAUAGAAUCGUGCAUGUAUAGAUGGCUUAAAUGCUAGAAAUUGAAUACAAACAGAGAUCAAAGAUUUGUAAUGAUGUUGAUAUACAAACAAAAUUAGAGAGAAAGGUUAACAAAAGAUGAGCUCUAUAGAGUUGUAUAAGAAUUGUGACUUCUACUCUUUGGCCGUUAGAUUCGAAGUUGUAAUAGAAUUCUGUCUGCUACUUUUGGCUGUUAGAUUCAACGCUGCUUAGUUUAAUUGGUUUGAUUCAGAAUGGCCAAAGCCAUCUUAAUUUGCCUAUCCAAAGGGUAAUUAUGUUGUUAUUUUUGUUAUAGGAUAUCCAAAUAAUUGUUGUAGAGAUAUUGUAAGUUUAGAUAUUUGUUAAAUCCCUUACUUUCUUGUUCAAAACUAAUAAAAACCUAUCACUUUAAUGAACAGUAGUUGAUAUCUGUCAAUGUUUAAAUUCUAUCUAAAACUUUGUUAGUUUAGAC